GCUUCUGGGAGGAAGUUGAAGAGAGAAACAGCUCGGAAUGUCUGUCGGAUCUGUCACAAGCAUUUUUCAUCAGAUGCCAACCUUCUCAAUCACAUCCAACGCCAUGAGGGUCUCUCCGUGAGUGGACGGCACAAUGUACGACAAGGCCGCAAUCCAUCCAAGAACAAUAACACUCUGUCCGCCACCAUUCUCAGCAGAAUUUUACGGAGGUCAUGUAGUCGGGUGCAGGACCAACGUAAGGGAGUGCCCCCCCACCUGUCUGGGAUGUCAAUGCGACUCAUCCAGAAAUGUGUCAGUGAUAUGAUGCCCCUCCUGGGCCCUGAUGCUAAGAAGGGGACCCCCAACAGCUUGUCUAAACGACGCAGCAAACGUGUGCAUUCUCAGACUAAUGGUAGCAAAAGAAACACGCCAGAGACGAAAGAGAGACCAGGGGUAGGUUUGAAACGAUCUUCCAGUGGAUUAUCAGCUAUGCAAACUUUACUAGAGGCAGCAGCUAUUGCUAGCAAAAGCCCAGACAUUUGCAUCCUCCCAUCGUCAUCAUCAGAUUCAAAAGAAAAGAGCUUGGAUAUACCGCCUAUUGUCACAGCACCCAACAUUUCCACAGGCCCACCACUCCCUGCUACAGUAACCCUCCCAGACGAACUGAAUCCCCCUUCUUCUCCAAAACGAGCCAGGAAAAGCUCUAGAUUGGCUUCAAAACUGGCAAAAGAGAAAAAGAAGGAAAGCAAAAAAGGAAAUAAGGUAGAGGAGGUCAGCGUGAACAUAUCACAGCACAAUGCAGUGAACCUGUCGCAACACAACACGCUGAACAUGUCGCAGAACAACGCAGACACUUCCAUGCUGACCAACCUCAACCUUUUGUCUACGGUUAGUCUUGAGACGGCCAGGAGAGACUCUUCUUCGAACCCUCUCAGUCAGGAGACGCUAGCUUCUUCUUCGAACCCUCUCAGUCAGGAGACGCUAGCUUCUGGUACCACCGCAGCACCGGUUGCAACCUUCUCCCCUCGGGUGACAUUUGGCUCCACUUUCCCUGUGCUGAGAGGAGGCGGAGCCCCCCCUCUAGCUACCUCACAGCCACCCAAGACCAUGUUCACCCAGUCUGCCUCAUGUGUUGCUGGUCCUACUAUCUCCCUGAACCAGCUGAUGAGCAUGGCUGGUGGCAAUGUCAAGGUCAGGGAGAAGUCUGUGGUCACAGGCCCACCUUUUCCCAUCAUCAACAAAUCAGGUAACAACAACCCCAACACAGCCAAUCUUCCGCCUUUACCUCCACUGUUGUUUGCUGGGAACAUCCCACCACACCCUAUCCAGACGUUUCCUGCAACAUCCAGUCUUGUGCCUAAUGCCGUACCCAAGCCCAUUACAUUGUCAACAGACUUUGCCAACUCCAGCCCUGUAGCACUGGCUCAGAUUCGGAACAGUGUUGUAUCUUCUCACCCUGAGGAGACAUCCCACAGUGCAGCGGACUCGGUGGAUGCGGUAACAGCAGGGGCGAAGGUGGCAGCCUCAGAUUGUGGUGCGAUCGACCUGUCCAAGCCUAAACCUCUCCAGCUAGCUUCUGACAUUCCUUUGCUGGCUGCCUCAAGACUGGCACCAGAGGCUGUUGGUGCCCAAAAGUCUCUACCACAAAGUGUGGAGCAGUUUCUAUUUCUGAUGAAUAAGAACCCAGGAAAGGAGGAUGGAGCAAACUCUUCUUCUGUUCCACCACAGAAGUUGACAAAUGAUAAGCAUGCCGAUUCCAGUCUCCAGGCGAGAAUGUUUGCCAGUGCUAGAGAUUACAAGCUGAAGGCUCCCCGGGAGUCUUGCAGUAGCCAUGUGCAGGCAGUCAUUGCUUCUACCACACGGCAGGCUGGGGGGCAGGGGAAGGCAGGCAAUCCUGCGACAGCUUUGACUUCGGAUGGUGGUUCUGGGGGAGAUGAAAUUCAGUGCGGCUACAAGUGGAGUGGCUCGGGGGGUCUGGUGAAAGAGAGGACCCAGCGCACCCGAGAAUUGGUGCCUCCAGCCAUCAUGGCCAACUAUCUGAGUGGUCAUAACCCGCACCAGACCAGCACAGUUGUGACGAAAAGCCAGAGCUCAGGUGUGAUGGGUCAGAGCCCACGGACAGUGACAGUAAAUGCAAGUGCUGGCGGUAUGGGGAGAGGGGCUCCUCAGUUACCAUACGGACUGCAGCAUUCAAGCCACACUAACCCAACCACCACAACCAUUACCCGUGUUGACCUUCCAACUGUGCUGCCCAUGGAGCAGCCAAGGAACCCUUCGCCACACAUGGUAUUGAACUUGAGCACAGCAAGGGCCACAGGAGACGGACUUAGUUCUUCUUCUCCGAGAAAGAGAACACCGGGUAGGUCAGGCCGAUUAGCUGCUGCUAACGCUGCAUCGACAUUGUCUAUGGUCCCAACUCCCCGGCCUCCUGUUGCCCCACCUGUGGUGUCCCCCAGCUCCACCUCCCCGAGAGGUCUGCUGAGGACCACAUUGAUGAAUCCACGCAGCAUGGUUACGCAGUUGCUGAGCUCUCGCCCCUUACAGGGAGGAAACCCUGUGCCAGUGUCCCCGACUGAGAUCAACACACAGCAACAGCCUCAGCAACUCCAGCAGCAGCAGCAGCAGGCCCUGAAUCUUGCACAGUUGAGCCCUUCGACAACUAGUGCGAAUUUCUUUUCCCUUCCCCCGUCCCCUGCUCCGACCAAUACCUCGUCGUCCUCCUCAUCCAGUGUUCGCGCAAUUUCAAGUCCCUCUCUGGCAGCCAUCCUCCGACAACCAGUCUCUGUGAGUGAGGCGAGCUCGGAAGAUUUUGGCAGCAGAGGUGCCAGUGUUGUGAAUCCUAGCUCCACGUUCCAUGUGACUGCUAAUGAAGACCCGAGUUCCUCCACUCGUGUGCCACCCAACGCAGUUGUGUCAGUGAAAGAAGAGCCACGGGAUGUGGCUCCGUAUGUGAAACAACUGCAGAAUCAGCCGAGAAUUAUCAUGUCCCUUCCGCUGGUUAAGAAAGAAAGACCAGACCUGGAGUAUGAUAAGGCGAAAUCGCAGUCCUCCAGAGACAGCUCACCUGCACUUGUGAUGGAUAUCAGCACGGAUGGCGAUAACACAGUCGGCAAAACAUCAAUGGACGAUUUGGUACCAACGGUGGUGGUUCAGGAACUGCGGGGCAAAUUGUCCACUGUCGAUAAUGUGAAAUGUGAAUUUUGCAAAACGACUUUCCAUCAUUCUCAAAAUCAUACGUGCUCUCAGAGAAUGCAGAGUGCUCUGGACUGACAGUGUAGUGGGAGAGGAAGAGAGGUUUGCUGCUGAUCAAGCUGCCAUGUUGUGAUCAUUUUUAACUGUUUGCCCACCACAUUCGAUAGUAUGAUAAUUAUUACCUUCUUUUUCCUCUCUCCUGCCGUUCCAUUCUUUCUGUCCUGUAAAAUGCUUUGCUUGACUCUACCAGUGUGAGAGUUUAUCUAUCUACCUCAGUUUUUAUUUUUGUCAGAAAGAUGAAUUAGCUGAUUUAUUAUUUAUUUAGUUUUUCUUCCAAUACUGACCGCUGACCACCAUUAUCUAUUGCUUAAAUGCUAUUUUAUUGUUGACAGAUUGUCAAGGCUGAAAUGAAACGUAAUGUGAUUGAGGCAAACUUUAUAUAUAUAAAAUUGUAAAUUAGCUAUCUUUAUUUGAAAUGGUAACUGAAAUAUGGUGCUACAAGUCAGUUGUCAUCAGUUGUUCAUAAAUGGCAUGGGCACUUAGCUGUAACCCUUCUGUUGUAUGGGUUAAUUAAACAUAAGCAUUUUGCCAUAAGCUCAAACCUCAGGAAAUGAAGAGACCUGCAUGUCUAUGCAGAAAGAUCUUUUUCAAGGUACAGUAUGAUCCACUUAUAUCGACGUCCGAUUUAUCAACAUUUUGACAUAUUCGACAUAUUUUUUCUAUUUCCAAAAUUUUUCCUUCAAUAUCUUCUCUAAACAAUCGGCCCACUCUGCUUUUUCGACAUGCUUCCUGGAUACCGGGCGAAGCCCACGAACAUAAAUGGCAGUGUCUCACAGACGUGACUGUCUCGCGUGAUGGGUAUCACCUCCCUACCCCUACUCUCAAUUGCUCACUCUCCUUCCCCAUCCCAUUCCCAGUCUGUCGCUGGCAAGUGCGACUGUCAGUGAGUCAGUGUCAGUGCCUCACCUUUUUUUUUUCCCCCUUCAAGCGGCCAUUAAAAACCUUACAAGGAUGCUACUACAAAGUUUACGAUGGUGUGUAGUGUGCGCCUCGCACUGCCCAGUCUUUGGUACCGUAACUCCUACCCCACCCCUUGUCAGUUUCAAGAACCAAGGGAAGCCACCAGCUUAAAAAAGUAAUGUUGUCUUUUACCGCUGACCUCCCCAUGUUUUUUUCUGUUUGGCAUUAUAUAAUUUUCAUAUAUCCACAUUUUUAUAUAUCGACCUCGAAUCCACUUCCACAGCAUGACGAUAUAAGUGGAUUAUACUGUAUAUGUGAGGCAGCUUGGUAAAAUCAGGCGCUCGUCAAGAUAAUGAAAGUAAAAAAACUGGCAUUUUCCCACUGGUUUGGUAAUUUUUUUCAAAUUUUUUAAUGGGCUCCACACCUUUCAUGCCCAUUAAAGUACACAUUUCUGUGUGGAUAUUACC